AUGAUACGCUUAACAUUACCUUUAAUAAAUUUUAAAAGAAAAAUAAAUGUUAAAAUCAAUUUUCCUAAUUUUAUCAACAUUUCAAAAGAAGUUAAAGAAGGUUUAAUUAAUAAUAAACCAAUUGUUGCACUAGAAUCAACUGUUAUUACUCAUGGUUUACCAUAUCCAGAUAAUAUAAAAUUAGGAAAAGAAUUAGAAAAUAUUGUAAGAAAUGAAAAUUGUAUUCCAGCUACAAUUUCAUUAAUGAAUGGUAAGAUAAAUAUUGGAACAUCUGAGAAUGAUCUUGAAAAAUUGGGAUAUCCUGAUAAUGGUGCAGUUAAAGUUUCAACAAGAGAUAUUAGUAAUACAAUUGUUUCAAAAAGAUUAGGUGGUACAACAGUUGCUGCUACAAUGUUUCUCUCAAAUUUAGUUGGAAUUAAAUUUUUUGCCACCGGUGGUAUUGGUGGUGUUCAUCGUCAUGUUGAGGAAACUUUCGACAUUUCUUGUGAUCUUAUUGAAUUAGGAAGAACACCUGUUGUUGUUAUUUGUUCUGGAGCAAAAUCAAUUCUUGAUAUUCCAAAAACAUUAGAAUUUUUAGAGACACAAGGUGUCAAUGUUAUUGUAAAUGAUGAUGAUUGUGAUUUUCCAGGAUUUUUUGUCCCAAAAACAGGAUUUAAAGGGUGUUAUGGGGAAAAAAAUUUAAUGAAAAUUGCAGAAAUAGUUAAAGUGAAUGAAGAAAUUGGUAGCAAAAGUGGUAUACUUGUUUCUGUUCCAAUACCAAAAGAAGCAUCAGUUAAUGGAAUGGAAGUUGAGAUAGCAAUUAAAAAAGCUCUUAAAGAAAGUAGAGAAAAAAACAUUGAUGGAAAAGAAGUUACUCCAUUUAUAUUAAAAAAAGUAAGAGAAUUAACAAAAGGAACUAGUUUAGUUUCUAACGUUGCUUUAUUAAAAAAUAAUGCAAAAAUAGCUAGUAUACUUGCUGGUAAAUAUUUUGAAAUUUUAAAAAAUGAUAAUAAAAAUAUAAUCAAAAGUUUUGAUGUGAAAAAUGAAGAAGUUGAUACAAGAAGUCAAGUUACUGUCAUUGGAGCAUGUCUAAUCGAUAUUGAUGCAGUGGUAGAUAUGAAAAUUGAAAAUACUGGAGCAUCUUAUCCUGGAAAUGUUUAUCUUAAACCUGGUGGUGUUGGAAGAAAUCAUGCAGAUGCUUUAACAAAACUUGGAAUAUCUGCUACAUUAAUAUCUGCAAUAGGACAAGAUCAAUUUGGUAUUGCAAUGGAAAAUUUUUGUAAACAUAUGAAUAUGAAUAAUGUUCUUAGAAUACAUUCUCUAUCAACUCCUGUGUAUUCAGGACUUACAACUCAAGGAAAUGUUUUUUGUGGUAUUAUAAGUUUAGGAAACAUUAUGUCAUAUAUUUCUCCAGAAUAUCUUAAAGAAAAAGAAGAUAUAAUUAGUAAUUCAGAAUAUAUUAUUUUAGAUGGUAAUCUUUCAGAAGAAUCUAUUAAAAAAGCUACUGAAAUUGUUCAAUUUUACAAUAAAAAAUUAUGGUAUGAACCUACAGAUAUGUUUAAAUCCUAA